AGGGUUUAGUUUUCUAUUGAAUUUAAUGUGAAGGAAGGCUUCUGACUGAGCACGCCUUCCACGGGUACUGUUACAGCUGGAUCCACUGCAGCUCGUGUGUGUGUGUGUGAGACAGAAAACAUUGGCCCCGUGGCGAUGUGUGGAAGCGCAUUGCAAUGAAACCACCGUGAGACUACUAACCGUGUUACUACCAGGUGUCUUCUGUUGUCAUUUUAUUCGGUGGUUUUCACAAUGAUGCUGUGAACCGUGUCGAAAACACUGCAGGUCGUGAAUCUUGCAACCACACCGACAGAGAAGUAAGGACUGUUUUCUUCGAGUAGGAAGCGUUUGCGAUGCCGUCUGCAGAUGCAGGACAGGCGGUGACAGGCGAGGGGGCUGCGGGACUCGGCCUACCCCGAAGACAUGCCUCGUCCCGGGCCACCUGGGAAAGACCCGCAGCCUCCACGACCACCUGGGGAGCGCGCGGUGAAUGUUCUGUGGUCUUUUGGGAAAUGCCUCGCCACCCUUCUGCCAGUGUACCUGGCUGGAUACUUUGGAUUCAGCAUCCUGCUGGUGCUGUUCGGUCUGCUGGUCUACAUGGGAUGGAAGCACAGUCGGCUGGAGAAAGUGAUGAGGCUGAAGUCUGCCAUGUACCUCUUGGAGAACGAGAGGCAGUUUACAAUGGGAAACGUGAUGAGAACUAAACGUGAUUUACCUCCAUGGGUCAACUUCCCGGACGUGGAAAAGGUGGAGUGGCUGAAUAAGAUUCUGCAGCAGGCUUGGCCUUUCGUGGGCCAGUAUCUGGAGAAGAUGCUCUUGGAAACAGUGGCUCCUGCAAUCCGUGCUUCUAGCGUUCAUCUGCAGACUCUCAGCUUCACCAAGGUCAACCUGGGGGACAAGGCCCUGAAGGUGGUGGGCGUAAAAGCCCACACAGAACAUGACAAGCGGCAGGUGCUGUUGGACCUGUAUGUGAGCUAUGCUGGCGAUGUUGAAAUCAACGUGGAGAUCAAAAAGUACUUCUGCAAAGCGGGAGUCAAAGGGAUCCAGCUGCACGGGAAGCUUCGAGUCAUCCUAGAGCCCCUGAUCGGUGACGUCCCCCUGGUGGGAGCCAUCACCAUGUUCUUCAUCCGCAAGCCGAAACUGGACAUCAACUGGACUGGGCUGACCAACCUUCUUGAUAUCCCGGGGUUAAAUGCCAUGUCGGACACUAUGAUAAUGGAUGUAAUAGCUUCCCACCUGGUGCUCCCCAAUCGCCUCACUAUCCCCCUGGUGGCCGACCUGCACGUCGCACAGCUCCGCUCUCCCCUCCCAAGGGGGGUGGUGCGCAUCCACCUGCUGGAGGCUGAAGACCUGACCACCAAGGACACAGUGAUCAAGGGCUUCAUCGACGGGAAGUCUGACCCGUACGCCGUGCUGCGCGUGGGCACCCAGACCUUCACCUCCCGCCACGUCGACAGCAACCUCAACCCCCAGUGGAGGGAGAUGUAUGAGGUGAUUGUCCAUGAAGUGCCAGGUCAGGAGUUGGAGGUAGAAUUGUUUGACAAAGACCCCGACCAGGAUGACUUCCUGGGGAGGGUCAAGGUGGAUCUGGAUAUUGUAAAGAAGGCCAGAGUUGUGGAUGAGUGGUUCAGUUUGAAGGACGUUCCUUCCGGAAGUGUUCACCUCCGCCUGGAGUGGCUGUCUCUGCUGCCCUCUGCUGCACGGCUCAGUGAGGUGAUCGAGAGGAACUAUAACCUAACCAGUAAGACCUCCGACCCCCCCUCUGCUGCCAUCCUCGCCGUCUACCUGGACCAAGCUCACGCCCUCCCGUUGAAGAAAGGCAACAAGGACCCCAGCCCAAUGGUUCAGAUCUCCAUUCAGGACACGACAAAGGAGAGCAGAACUUGCUAUGGGACCAGUGAUCCUGUAUGGGAGGACGCCUUUACCUUCUUCAUUCCAGAUCCACGCAAACAGGACAUUGACAUUCAAGUGAAGGACGACGACCGCGCUCUGUCGCUGGGCAGCCUGACCAUCCCCCUGGCCCGCCUCCUGGAGAGCCCCGGCCUGGUCCUGGACCAGUGGUUCAGCCUGGAGAACUCGGGCUCCGCCAGCCGCAUAUACAUCAAGACCAUCCUGAGAGUGUUGUGGCUGAACGAGGAGGCUGGCGCCACUACCCCCUCCUCCCCUCUCUCCACCCCGGGCUCGGGGCCGACUCCUGGGGGGCCGUCCACGGAGCUGGGCCCCCCGGGCCCCGGGAGCUCCUCCAAACCUCAGUCGGCGUGGCCCCAGAACACAGCGCCGGACCCCGAGUUCGCAACAGAGGGCGUGCUGCGCAUCCACCUGGCCGAGGCCCAGAACCUGAUCGCCAAGGACAACUUCAUGGGCGGCAUGGUGAAGGGGAAGAGUGACCCAUACGUCAAGAUGAAGGUGGCGGGCAUCACCUACCGGAGCCACACCAUCAAGGAGAACCUCAACCCCGUCUGGAACGAGCUCUACGAGGUGAUUCUGACCCAACUGCCCGGGCAGGAUAUCCAGUUUGAGCUGUUUGAUAAGGACAUCGACCAAGACGACUUCCUGGGGAGGUUCAAGCUCAGCCUCCGUGAUAUCAUCAGUGCACAGUUCAUCGACACCUGGUACACUCUGAACGACGUCAAGUCAGGCAGAGUCCACCUGCUGCUGGAAUGGCUGCCCCGAGUCUCUGAGCUCAGCCGGCUGGAACAGAUUCUGCAGUACCAGUCCCAGCAGUCAUACCAGAACAAGGUGGUGCCGUCUGUGGCCGCACUGUUUGUGUAUGUGGAGCGCGCCCAUGGGCUGCCGUUAAAGAAGAGUGGCAAGGAACCUAAAGUGGGAGCAGAGAUUCUUCUUAAAGGUGUUUCGCACCGAACUAAGAUUUGUGAGCGCUCCACAUCCCCACGGUGGGACGAAGCCUGUCACUUCCUGGUCCGGGACCCCAGAGAGGAGACCCUCAUGGUCAAGCUCUCCCACAGCUGGGGCAUGGCUCUUGGUUCGGUGGCGAUCGCUCUGAAAGACGUGCUGGCUCAGCCAGACCUGGUGCUGGACCGCUGGCUCACCCUGGAGGGGGCCCUGCCUGAGAGCCAGAUAUUGCUGAGGGCCACACUCAAGCUUCUGGACACUCAGCUGGCGCUGUGCCACCCCCCUGAUGACGGCACUGGGGAGGAGGGCGAGCCCAUCAUUCCAAAGUGGGACCCUGCCCACCUGGACCUCCGUCACCGCGGGGGGUUCACGGGAAUAAGUGAGCCCGGGGCGGUGGCGGGCCAGGUGAAGCUCACCAUCGCUUAUUCAUCAGAGGAGAACCGGCUGUACAUCACCGUCCACUCCUGCAGAGCCUUGGCGGCCUGUUCUAAGGACGGCGCCGACCCCUACGUCAGCCUGCUGCUGCUGCCCGACAAGAAGGGCGCCAGCAAGAGGAAGACGGCCACCAAGAAGAGGGACCUGAACCCGGAGUUCAACGAGAGGUUUGACUUUGACUUCUCUUUGGAGGAGUCCACGCAGAGGAGACUGGACCUGUCUGUGAAGAACAAUGUGUCGUUCAUGAGUCGAGAGAGGGAGCUCAUUGGGAAGUUUCUCCUGGACCUGGACCAGGUGGAUCUGAAGGCCGGAGUCACACAAUGGUAUGAUUUGAUUGCAGAGAGCAACUAGAAGAAUUUACACUUUUCAUCUUAAAUCCUAUAUCACUGUGAUCGCUGCUUCUGUACCGUGUGCUUAUGUGGUCACUAUUUUAUUCUGCUUACGUGCUGAUAGAUCAUUGGUGUUGAAAUGUGAUAACCACUCAUUUCUCACAGUAGCACAAAUAGCCCAGUGUUCACCACCAGCUAGUAGCUUAUUUUCUGUCAAGUGUCCAUUCAUUCAGGAGAUUGUGGAUAUAGAUAGAUAUACACAUCCAAAAAGAUAGUUCAUCACUGAUGUGCAACCAUGUUGCAGAACCUACAGAUAGUUGGAGCACUCAGAAGUCCUCUUGGAGUUGUAUUGUCAAAGGACUCCUGCUGUGAGAGUCUGCUUUAUAUUUAUGUGCUGUCUUUAUAUUUAUGUAUUUUGAAGUGUUAUUUUUUUAAAAAUGUCCAGUCAAAAUGGUAACAAAUUUAACUGAAAGUAUUAUUUUCUACCUGAAACCAUUCCUUAUUUUAAUUUUGUUUGCAUUAUUGUGUUUAUAUGAUUGCCUUACUGAUUACAGAAGUGUGCACAAAUGAAAAAGUUUUAUAUGUUUUAAAAAUGUUUUAAAAAUGAAUUUAUAUUUUAACAGACCUAGUCCCCUUCUAUUCGACACCUGAAUAGCAAGAUAAGAUCCUAUGUCUAAACCACUGUGCUUUUCGAUUGUAUGAAGACAAAACAGUUUUAAUUAUAACAACAACAACAACAACAUCAGCAUCAUAUUGUAUACUCAACCAACAGCUUCUUUGUUAACCUAGAUGUGUGAUGUGCCAAAUCGAGUGGGCCAAUCCUGUACUGUAGUUGUCGUCAGUGAGCUGCUUGCCAAAUGUUCCAUGCCAAUCGGUUUCCUAUGGCUAUUUCUUAAAGAGAUGUAAACACAUGCUGUAGCUGUUCCAUCGGUCAAUUCAUUGCAAAGGCUUGACAACUUUAAAUGAAGUGUAGCGUGGGCUAGUCAAAAAUAAAUACUGCUUUGCUUCGACCUUCUUCCUACACUUUGUUGUAUCUGUUAUUCUCUCAAGUUAACAAAUAAAGUUUGCACUCUGAGAAUA